AUGUCAAUCGCACUUGAUAAUAAUGAUAAUAAUAAUAAUGAUAAUAGACUAAGUGAAAAAGGAAGCUCAUAUUCCGAACUGAGCCAAAAUAAUAAAUCAUCACUAACGACAAAAUUUCUUUUAGACGGCAUUGACAAUAAUAUUGAAAAUAAUCAUCUCCAUACCCAGAAUGUCGACCUUGACAAAGAAGAAUCUGAUGAUCACAAAGAAAAUAAAAGCAUAACAUUAAGUUCAACUUUUGAGAAGUUACUGAAAAAUGAAGACAUCAAAAAUAGUACAAAUAACUCGGAAGUAAUAAAUAGACCCAUACGAAAUAAAUUACAAGAAGUUAAAGAAUUUGAUAUUAACAAGACUACUAAUGACGAGCACAAUAUUGUUGUUGAUGAUAUUUCUGAUUUUAAUGAUAACAUGGAACAGAACUUGAAAGGAAAGUGUCGUUCUUUCAGUACCAAUAAUAUGGAUUUUAAAUUUGAUUUAUCCGAUCCGAACAUAACAACAGUAGAAAAACCAGAAACACUGCCCAAUAGUAUUAGUGAUUCUGUCAUCGAUAAGGAUUUGGAUUUUCCAGUAUUAAGUAAAAUUAUUAAAAGCGUGGAACUUGGCACAGGAGAUACAAGUACUACUACAGCUACAGUCAAUAAUAUUAAAAGUGAAUCUAUUGCGCAUAGUGAGCAUACUGAUUCCUCCGAUAAGGAUUUGUUAGUUAAAAAAAAAAAUGAGCAGCACGGUAACAGUGAUACCGAUCAUAAAUAUGAAAUAAAUGCUACAGCUGAGAAUGAAAAGCCUCAUGUUUCUCUUAUACAAUUAGAACGGCUAAAUCCUGAAGAUAUUUCAAAAAAAGAAAAACUAGCAGGAGAAUUAACUGACAAUUUAUACGUAAUUGAAAAUCAAGAUAAUAAUAAUAAUGCUGAUGAAACAGGUGACAAUGAUACUACCAAUAAUAUACAACCUAAAACCGAGGAAAUACAAGAUUUUAAAAUAGAAAAUAAUAGUAAUAACUCUUUAGAAAAAUUUAAUGAUGAGACUAACGGUAAUAGUACUAUUAAUAUCAAAUUUGAAAAUAAUAAAUCUAAUUCUUCAAUACACGACAACUCGGAUGUUGAUUCAGUGUUAAGUUUAAAUACUACCCUAUUAAAUAAACCACUAGGAGGGAUAAAUUCCAUGAGCGAUGCUUCAAAUGAAAAUGGUGGAAAUAAAUCUAAUAAUUCAAGUAUAGCAUCGACAAAUCCACAGACAUCUGGGUAUUUAGCAGGGGCUUUAAAUAAUGGGAGAGAUAGUAAGACAUUGGAGACAAAUAACACCGAGGAUAGUGUGAUAAUACGGGGAAAUAAAGAAAAAUUAAAUGAGUCACAUUCAACUGAGGUGACAAAUGACAUCAAAGAAGAGCGUAUCAUUGGUGUUUCACAAAAUAAUAUUUUAAAAGAUUUUGAAAAAACACCUGCAUCAAUAAUAAAUACCAAAAAUAUCUUAUUUCCAGUUCAAAGAAAAGAUUCUUUAACUCCUGUAUUACCUUUAAAUAGACCAAAAAUAUUUGUUAAAAAGGAAACAUCUCCCAUUUUUAAUAAAAAAAUCGAAGAAGAAGCUUUAAAGGAUGCCACUGCAAAUCCUAUGCAAUUAACUAAGAAUAAUACGUUUAAAUCUGAAAGCGAUGUGGAUUUUAUUAAAUAUAAUUCAUCAAAAUCCGCCGAUUCUAAUGAAUUACAUGGGACACCGGACAAGAUAGAGCAUCAGCAGAAUUCUAAUAUAUCUGCUUAUGCAAGGUUGGACUUUCAAAACUAUACAUUUUAUGUUCAAACGUUGAAAGUUAUUAUUGGUAGAAGAUUAGGUAUGGAUCAACUUAACAAUAAUAUGCAUGAUAACUCACAAAACUCACAAAACUCACAAAACUCACAGCAACAACAGCAGCAACAGAAGCAACAACAGCCAGAACAACAGUUACAACAACAACAGCAACAACAACAACAGCCACAACAGUUACAACAACAACAGCAACAACAACAACAGCCACAACAGCCACAACAGCCACAACAACAGCCACAGCAACAACAACAGCAACAACAACAGCCACAACAAAAGCCACAACAACAACACCAAUUAUACCAAGAUCACUACAAAGUGGAUGUUAACUUAGGACCAUCGAAAUCUAUAUCUAGACGACAUGCCCAAAUUUUUUAUAAUUUUGGUACAGAACAAUUCGAAUUAACUAUAUUGGGUAAGAAUGGGGCUUUUGUUAAUGACGAUUUUGUGGGUAGAGAUAUUACUGUACCUUUAAUCAAUAAUACUAAAAUACAGAUCGGAGAUAUCCCCUUUAGAUUUAUGCUACCUGAGCAACCAUCUCAUCCAGAUCAAAACACUUACAACGAGGAGGUUGAGAAAACUGUAAUGAAAAUUGAUGAUAACAAUCAACAAGAUAUGACGUUUCAAAAGGAUCAAGCUGUGAAAAUCGAAGCCUUGGAUGAAACAUGUACGCCAGUUACAAAAAGGAUUAAGACUGAAAUCGCUAAAAAUGAUACAAUUUCAAAAGAUGAAACUUCUUCGAUCAAAAACAUGCAAAUUAAUGGUAAAAAGGAAAAAGAACUAGGAUCAAUACAAAAGCAAAAGCAAAAGCAACAGCAAAAGCAAAAGCAACAGCAACAGCAACAGCAACAGCAACAGCAAAAGCAAAAGCAAAAACAAAAACAAAAACAAAAACAACAAGAAAUACUUAGUGAAGAGCCCAGGCCCAAAGUUGAAAGGAGAACCAAGAAGGUGUUUGAGCUUCAUGAAAUACCUCCUGAAUAUAGGAACAAACCAUCAUGUUCCUAUGCUAACAUGAUUUUAGAAUGUUUAACGAAAUAUCCUGUUUCUACCGGACUAUCCCUCUCAGAGAUUUAUGCUGGUAUUCGAGAAAUAUAUCCAUAUUUCAGAUAUUGUUCUGACGGUUGGCAAAGUUCAAUCAGACAUAAUUUAUCGUUGAAUGAAUCUUUUAUAAGAUUGGCAAAGCAGGGGAAAGGUUGGCUAUGGGGCUUAAAUAAAGAAUAUAUUGAACGACAAAAUGAUUGUGAAACUAAAGGGGAUAUUUCGACAACUAAUAAAAAAAACAAUAAAAAAAAUGCUGUUAAACGUACAGCUACCACUAAACCUAAGAAGGAGACUCCGGAAGAGGCAAAUAAAAGAACAAUGAAAUAUCUAGAAGAACAAUUAAUUAUCUUGACUAAGGAUCGUAAAGGUCUAGACAAACAAACAACAACAACUAUAUUAACACAAGCCUUGGCAAUGACUAUUAAUCAAGUAACACAAGUAGCCAGAAGUAAAGGUUUGACUGGUAAUCCAUUAACUGCCUUAAUUGAUAGAAACCCAGAACAACUAAACUUGAUUUUGGGAACUGCCGUUAAUGCUUCCACCGCAAAAAUAACAAACGGUCAAAUUACACAACUAGUAUCUUUAGAUAUACCUAAUAAUUUAAAGCAAGCCAAGUCACCUAGUAAAAAGACAAAUGCCACUAAAAAUUUAUCGAAGAGUAGUAAAACAAGUAUUACAACCAAGAAAAAAAAAAGUAGAAAUAAUGAAACAUUUGAAAUUAGUGGUAAAUCUUCCUCACCUUCAAGAUCUGCUACGCCAAAGCCGAAUAAUUACACCGUAAAGAGACAAAGUAAAUCCGAAGACACUAUUAAAAAUCCCCAAUCUAAUAACGCUAGUACUACUGUAGACAAUUCUAUUGAUAAAUGUAUUACAGGUCCUGGGACAACGAGUGGUGGUUUUGAUCCAAGUUCAUUAUCAAAAUUUUUUCAACCUAAAAAUUCAGGUCUCGCUAGUUCUAAGCAAUCAACAUCGCCAUUUUCUACUUCUAAAAAGGUAAUUCCACAAAAAAGAAAUGCACCUGAAGUUUCCAGUGGUAGUGAUAGUGAAGAAGCAUCUAGUGAGGAAGAUGCUGAUAGCAGUGAUAGUAGUGAUAGUAGCGGUGAGGAAGAAACUUCCUCAUCAUCAAUUGAAGAGGAAAAUACAACAUCAUCAGAAGAUGAAGUCUAG